AUGUCUCUCGACCCCGUCAACAGCGGCCUCGGCAAAGGCCUCCCAGUGAACAAAGUCCAAUCGACCGCAACAGACAGCGUCCAAUCAGCAACGGAAGAGCCCCUCAAACAAGUCAAUAAGACCACUGAAACCCUUAAAGAGCCCGUUCUCCCAGGCGAGUUCCCAUCAGACGAUGCACCCCGCGACCAUGACAAGUCCCAGCCCGAAAUCAACAUCUCGGCCAUCUGGUCUUCCUUCAGUGGGUGGGCACAUGGUCUCUUCCCGCAGGCCAUGGAUACCUUCGAGUGGGCCGUGAAAUGGUUUAUCGAUCGAUACUUCCCGCCCCCGAAACAGGCGCAGAUGUACGAGGCUGCGUUUAACCGGCCGAUCGCCUCGACCUUUUUUGUCUGUCAGCUUAUCUGCUGUGGUGUUCCACUGCUAGUAUUCCUAGCUGGUGUAUUUGUGUUCGCGGCUGUCUCAUUGCUGCUGUGGGCUCUGUUGUCGCUGUUGAUCCUGGGUCCGGUGCUGUUGGUUGCGAGUAUGAUGGGCGUCUCGCUGUGGGGCUGGGGGUGGAUCUUCUAUGGGCUGGUGAAAUGGUUCGAUCAGCGGUUUUUGGGUGGGAUGAUUACUCGUUUUUGGCUUCCGAGGGUCCAGGGAGCGGGCGAGGGUGAUAAAGAAGAGGAGGGAGAGGCGGCUGAAGACGAGAAAAAGAAUACCUAA